GUCGUUAAGUUAAACAAAUUCGUGGUGGGUUGUAUCUUCCCAGGGUUUAGUGAACAUGUUGUAAGAUUAAUUUGAGAACCACAAGAUGUAUCAUAGGCAAUUAGGGAGCAUGCUUGUAUUCUCUGUCCAGUAGUUGAUGCAGUUGCGAGGGAUAUCUAUUUGAAUACGUUUCACGGUUGGCAUGCUCAUCACAACGGAGGCUUUGAUAUACUCCCUAGGCUAACUGAUGGACAACGGGUGUUGCUAAAUUGUAAUUUGCUGUAGUGGGGCCUCGGAGAACAUCAUUUCGAAAUAUGCCACGUGUUUAUAAUAUUUGACUGAAUGCCUGAGUGAUGGCGUUCCUGCUUAGGGCUCUAGUGCUACCUGUCUUCCUGUCCUCGGUGCCCUGGGUGGCAGGGUCAACAUUCACCCUGCUGCUGUCCUUGCCCAACACCUCCAUGCCCUUCAGUGUUGGCAGGAUCGGGGCGGGCGCCCUCAUCGCCAUCGACGCCGUGAACCGGAGUCCCGAUCUGUUGGCAGGUCAUUGGCUGGAGCAUGAAUACGUGGAUGAUGAGUGCAGCGACGUGAACGGCCCCGGGAAGAUAGUGGAUCUACUGCACAGACGGAACUACAGCGCGUUCAUCGGCCCCGCCUGCUCCGACGUGUGUGCGAUCACUGCCAAGCUGGCAGCUUUCUGGAACAUUCCCGUGGUCAGUCCCACCUGCGCAGACCAUCAGUUUCUCAUCAAAAAGGCUUACCCCACUCUUACCAGAGUGUUUGGCCCCUUCACCAAGAUGGGCUCGUUCUUUGUGAAGAUCUGUGAGAAGUUUGGCUGGAGACGUAUAAGCAUUAUCUACGACCACAGACCUGCCUGGAUCAUCCCUGCUGAGGGAAUCAGGUACCAAGCUGAAGUCAGUAACAUCACUGUGGCUAAAUACCUGGCAUUUCAAACACCUCUCGGGCAAGACAACACUCACACAGCCCUCACACAAGCACGUAUGCUACAGGAGGUUGCCGAGGUGUCUCGCAUCAUAGUGAUCUCAGCGCGUGGGGAGGUGGUCAGGGACUUCCUGGUCGAGGCCCACAGGAGAGGCCUCACCACAGGGGACUACGUCUUCUUCUGCUUCGAGCCCUACAGGCUGGAGGAGAUGUUUGGCAACUUUGACUGGAAAAGAGGAGAUGUGGAUGACUCCGUGGCUAAGCAGGCCUACCAGGCUCUGUUUCUACUCUCUCUGUACAAACCCAACGACCAGAGGUACUGGAACUUCUCCAAUGACGUCAUCCGCAGAUCCAGAGAGGACUUUGGCUAUGCCUACGCACCCAACGAAAAGGUGUCGGUGCUGGCAGCCAUAGCCCAUGACUCUGUAUGGCUGUAUGCUCAGGCUCUGAAUGAAACCCUGGCGGAACGCGGGGACCCAUACGACGGCUUCACCAUAACCCGCAAGAUGUGGAACCGAACCAUCACAGGUAUCCAGGGUGACGUUACCAUGGACGCCAAUGGAGACAGGGAGUCUGCCUAUAUGAUGAAGCAUAUCCAGGGCGCAGAGAACGACAGGGAGUUCAAAGUAAUCGCCAAUUACUUUGGUACGAAUAAGGCAUAUGAGCCAGUGGAGGGGGUCCAAGUCUACUGGCCAGGAGGGAGGAAGACUCCACCGAAGGACACACCCCACUUUGGCUUCAAAGAUGAGCUCUUCAUCAAUAUCGAGAAGAGGUUUGCGAUAGCUGCGGGGACCAUUGCUGUUUUCCUGGCCACCGGGACACUUAUCAUAUGUCUUCUCUACAGGAAACACAUCAUCCAGAAGAAGGUGUCUGUGGUCCUAUGGAGGGUUAGCCCCGGUGAUGUCACCAUGAUGGGGAACAGCUCGUCCUCGGCAGGAAAGGUACCGUACCUCAACUCCAAGUCCAUCGAUGAUUCUCUGGAGUCCAUCCUGGGAAAUAUGAAGGACAAACCAUCCUCCCACAGAACGGCCGUCUAUAAAGAGAACAUCUGUUCAGUGCGACUGCUGAAUGUGAAGAGUGUGUGUCUGAACAGAGAGCUGCUCACUGAACUGAAGCAGUGUAGAGAUUUGAGCCACCCAAACAUCUGCAGCGUCAUUGGUGCUUGUCUGGAACCUCCACAGUUCUUUCUGCUGACUGAGUACUGUCCUAAAGGGAGCCUGCAGGACAUUUUGAAGAAUGGUUCCAUUAAGCUUCACUGGAGCUUCAAGUUCUCCCUGAUGCUGGACAUUGUCAAGGGGAUGGACUACCUGCACCGCAGCCCCCUGCGCUCACAUGGUCACCUGUCGUCAUCUAACUGUGUGGUGGAUAGUCGCUUCGUCCUAAAGGUGACCGACCAUGGCCUCAGUCUCCUCAGAAGACCCCCCGGCCAGGACGAGGAGGGCUGGUCUAAAAAACACUGGACAUCCUUGCUGUGGAGGGCCCCGGAACUGCUGAGGGACAGCAUGCCCUCCUCUGGCACCCAGAAGGGGGAUGUCUACAGUUUUGGCAUUAUUGUUCAGGAGGUGGUGUACCGCAGGGGCCCUUUCCAUAUCCCCAACAACAACCUCGAGGCAAGAGACAUAGUGGAGAGGGUCAAGGCCGGGGUGUGUGUGGGGGGCGGAGGUAGCCCCCUCAGGCCCCACACGGACAGGGCAGAGUGUCCAGAGGGUGUGGAGGCUCUGAUGGGGGCGUGCUGGAGUGAGAGGCCCAGUGACCGUCCAGACUUCUCCUCCCUCAGAGUGACCGUAAAGAGACUCUGCCCCAGCUGCGUGGGCGAGAACAUUCUGGAUGACCUGCUGUCCCGCAUGGAGCAGUAUGCCACCAACCUGGAGGAGGUGGUCAGCGAGCGCACCGCCCAGCUCCUGGAGGAGAAGAGGAGGGCCGAGGGCCUCCUCACCCAGAUGUUGCCACGAUCGGUGGCUGUCCAGCUGAUUGCUGGGAAGACGGUGCGGGCGGAAACCUACGACUCUGUCACCAUCUAUUUCAGUGACAUCGAAGGAUUCACCGCCAUGUCGGCCAGUCUCACGCCAAUGCAGGUGGUGAACGUGCUGAAUGACCUGUACACGUACUUUGACAAUAUCAUCGACCACCACGAUGUUUACAAGGUGGAGACCAUUGGCGACGCGUACAUGGUGGUAUCUGGCCUGCCCAUUAGAAACGGGGACGACCAUGCGAAGGAGAUCGCCCGCAUGUCUCUGGCAGUGGUGCGGGGCAUGAGACAGUACAACAGUCCACACGUGCCCCAGCAGCAGCUCAAAGUCCGCAUUGGACUCCACUCAGGUCCAUGUGUGGCUGGUGUAGUGGGACUGAAGAUGCCCCGGUUCUGUUUGUUCGGAGACACAGUUAACACUGCCUCGCGGAUGGAGUCGCACGGCUCACCAUUGAAGAUCCAUGUGAGCAGCUCCACUAAAGCUCUCCUGGACACAUUUAGGACGUUCCGCUGUGAGCUGAGAGGAGACAUCCACAUGAAGGGGAAGGGGCUUGUGAGGACAUUCUGGCUUUUGGGAGAAGACCAAUGAAAAUGUUAUGUUUUCAGUAAUUUGAUUUGGUCUGUCUCUCAGGAGUAAAGAUCAAAUAUUUAAAAUAUUUAAAAAAUCUGAUAUACAGUUGAUGUGGAAGUUUAUGUACACUUAGGUUGGAGUCAUUAAAACUCUUUAUUCAACCACUCCACA